AUGAAGCGAAUCAGCAUCUCGACGCCCUCCUCGCCUCUUCGCCGUUUAUCUGAACACGAGAUUACUCGACCUGAACCUAUUCCCGAGCCCGAGAAAGGGGGGGUGGCGGCACCAGCAAAGAGGAUAUUUUGGUCCAUCAUUUCUCCAAGCGAAUGGGAUAUUCUUAUAGCUUCGACGUGUCUCAAGCUCCUGCUCUUCCCCGCCUACAGGUCUACCGAUUUUGAAGUGCAUAGAAAUUGGCUGGCGAUCACGCAUUCUUUGCCGCUAUCGAAGUGGUACUACGAUACUACUUCUGAGUGGACCCUGGACUAUCCACCCUUUUUCGCCUAUUUCGAGAAGCUAUUGUCUAUCCCCGCAUACUUCAUCGACCCCAAAAUUGUUGAUCUCAACAAUUUGAACUACGACGCAUGGUCUGUUAUUGCAUACCAGCGCACAACAGUAAUAUUGACGGAGCUUGUACUGGGUGCAGUCGUGCUCAGAUUUAUACGGGGGGCCGUAGAUGCAACAACUCAAAAAUUUAUAUCUGCUUCACUCUUUCUUCACCCUGGCUUUCUCAUAGUAGACCACAUUCACUUUCAAUAUAAUGGCUUUAUGUUCGGGAUUCUCUUAUGGUCCAUUCUCAUGGCACGCAAUGACAACAAGCUCGCGAGUGGGCUGCUCUUCGCCAUCCUCCUCAAUUUCAAGCACAUAUACAUGUAUCUCGCGCCAGCGUACUUCGUGUACCUCCUGCGCUCCUUUUGCAUCUCCCCAUCCGGCGAACUGCUCACCACCGAAUUCCUCACGCUCGCCAACAUUGUUAUCUCGGUGUUCCUCCUGUCGCUAGGACCGUUCUUGCUUAUGGGGCAGUUACCGCAACUUCUCGGUCGACUUUUCCCUUUCACUCGCGGUUUAAACCAUGCAUACUGGGCACCAAACGCCUGGGCGCUGGUAACCGCGCUCGAUCGGGUUCUCCUACGAUUCAUUAAGUACGGUCGGAUCCAAGCGUCAGUCAAUGUCUCCGGAGUCGUAUCCACCUCCCGUGGUCUUGUCGGUGACACGGUCUUUGCGGUGCUCCCGAACGUGAAGCCGAUACACACCUUUGCAAUAACCAUAGCUUUCCAAGCUCUCUAUCUCCUGAAGCUGUGGAAAACGCCGACGUACAAGUCGUUCGUGACUGCGUUGACCUUGUGCGGAUACACGUCGUUUAUGUUUGGCUGGCAUGUGCACGAGAAGGCUAUUCUUCUUGUUCUCGUACCACUCAGUCUGCUGGCGGCAGAGAAUCACGCGUACUUCCGGACGUUUAUGAUUGCGUCCGUGGCUGGGAUAUUCUCUCUGUUCCCAUUGCUGUUCACUCCUGCAGAGACCCUAGUUAAGAUCAUCUAUUCUGUCCUCUGGGCCAUCAUCGUUUUUACACCUCUUCAUCGAAGGGUUUACGAAUUUCCCCGGUCCCUACCUUUCGUCAUCAUUGACAGUCUCGAGAAGCUGUAUCUAGUAGGCUUCGUGCUUCUCCAGCUAUUUGUCACACUCUUCUCUCUUUUUACUGUCCAUAGCUCCGCGCCUCACUCGGAGAGUACACCAAUAUGUACUGCUGUGGAAGGUGUCUCGUGUCCUGAACCAGAUCCGUCUUCUGUAGUCGUACGGGCAGCAGCGCUCGAGUUUCUACCAUUGAUGCUUACGAGUGUGUACUGUGCUGUGGGGCUAGUGUGGGCUUUCAUGAGAUUGUCGUUGAUAUACCUGUGCAAGAUGGAUUAA